CCGUAGUCUGCUUGAUGAUGGCGGAAAUAUGCGAAAUGUAUACGAUUCGUAGGUACAAAAAUACCUUUUCAAGUACAAUAAAUUUAGAGUUAAACUGUAAACAUCUUUAAAUCUGUUACGAUUAAAAAUAAAAAUUUACUCAUUUCUGUUUAUACUACUAACGCGUGUAACAAACACCUAGUUCGCAUCAGCCCUAAUAAAAAAACAUGAAAGCUGAGUAUUGUGUAUAAAAUGGGUACUUGUUGUAGCCGACAUUCACCUGAUCCCACUCAUCACUUAGUAUUCCACCAUGGAUAUAAAAUUCAAGACACAAUUGAUGUCUUAAACAAAGGUUCGAGUGAGGUAAGGUAUGUGGCAGAUUUAAAUCGACCGCAUGGAACAGCAAGCAUCAAAAGACAUGGAGUUGAUAUUAUACGAACUCCAACAUCUGCAUUGCAUUCUUCCUUACACGGUCGAAUCGUGGUCGCUGUUUACAAUUAUCAAUCGCGGGAAAUGUCUGAUGUUUCCUUUGUUAAAGGAGAUCGAAUGGAAUUAUUGGAUGAUAGUGAACCCGACUGGUGGCGAGUACGGCAUUUAAGAACAGGAGAAGAGGGACUAAUACCAUGGAAUUUUGUUGCGGAAGAAAAAUCAGUUGAAAGUGAAGACUGGUUUUUUGGAAAAAUAUCUCGCAAAGAGGCAGAAAAACUUCUGUUAUCGGAGGAAAAUCAAAGAGGUACAUUUUUGGUACGUGAUUCUGAACAUAAUCCAAAUGGUUUCUCAUUGAGUGUUAAAGACUGGGAAGGUGGUCGUGGUUAUCACGUGAAGCACUACAAAAUUAAAUCGUUGGAUAAUGGCGGUUUCUUCAUAGCUACGAACCAAACGUUUUCAAACCUUCCUGAGCUGAUAAUUGCUUACUCUAAAAAUGCAUUGGGGUUGUGUCAUGUGUUGGCUCAUCCUUGUUUCAAGCCUCAACCACAAAUUUGGGAUUUGGCACCAAAUUUACGAGACCAAUGGGAAAUUGACCGUAGUGAAAUACAUUUGAUUAGAAAACUUGGACAUGGCAAUUUUGGUGAAGUUUGGUAUGGUAAAUGGCGAAAUAAUAUUGAAGUAGCUGUAAAAACGCUCAAACAAGGGUCCAUGUCAACUCAAGCAUUUCUGCAAGAAGCUUCUAUAAUGAAAAAGUUUCGUCAUGAUCGACUUGUUGCUUUAUAUGCCGUUUGUUCAAAAGACGAGCCUGUUCUAAUAAUUCAAGAAUUUAUGUGCAAUGGAAGCUUAUUAGACUUUCUAAGGAACAGUGAAAGCAAAUAUUUACAAUUUGCUGAUCUUAUAUAUAUUGCUUCUCAGGUAGCAAGUGGAAUGGCAUAUUUGGAAGUGAAGCAAUUGAUACAUAGGGAUUUGGCUGCAAGAAAUGUUCUAAUUGGUGAAAACAAUGUAGCCAAAAUUUGUGAUUUUGGAUUGGCCAGAAUUAUUGAAGAUGAUGAAUAUUGCCCAAGACAAGGCACCAGAUUUCCAGUAAAAUGGACAGCUCCAGAGGCUAUUGUCUAUGGCCGAUUUUCUAUUAAAUCAGAUGUAUGGUCUUUUGGAAUAUUGCUAAUGGAAUUGUUUACAUAUGGACAAGUUCCUUAUCCAGGUAUGCAUGGUCGAGAAGUGAUCGAACAAAUAGAACAUGGUUAUCGCAUGCCAAAACCAGUAUCACAUUUUAUACCUGAUGACAUAUAUAGACUGAUGUUGCUAUGUUGGGACUCUGAUCCUGAUAAACGACCUACAUUUGAGUUCCUUAAUCAUUAUUUUGAAGACUUCACUAUUACCUCAGAAAUACCAUACAGGGAAGUAAGCGAUUAACUCUUAAUCAUGCACAUAAAAAUAUAUGCCAUAAUAGGCUGCAGUUAAUUUAGGUGGAUGAAUUAACUAUAAUUAAAACAUCAGUAAGGAAUUGGUCCUUUUCGAAUAUUGUUAUACAUGAAACACCUAAGUGCUUCAAUUAUUUUCAGUUUGUAUAAUCAUGUUUCUUUAAUUUAUUUAAUAAACUAACAAAUUUGUUUGUUUAGCUUCUGUUUAAUACGCAUUAGUUAUACUUUUUCUAGAUCUCAUUUUUUCUUGUAUUUUUCUUUUUUAAAAUAGUUAUGAUUUGUUGUUCAUUUUUAAAAUAAAAAUGUAUUUAAAAUUAGUAACUGCUCAUGCCAAAUUUUCUAUUAGCACUCUAAAUGACAAUUUGUUAGUAUUGUAAAAAAGUAAACUAUAAUUACAUUUAAGAACAAAUAUCGAACCAAAGUAGUAAGUAAGAUAAAUAAUCAUAAUUAUG